AUGAAUAAUCUAAUAGAAUUGUUCAAUCGUUCUCAACAAGAUAUAAUUCAAAAGCAAAAAUUAUUUGAAAUAGAACGAGAUGAUAUAAAUCAUUCAAUUAAUGAAACAUUCAAUAAAAUAUUUGAACAAUUAAUUGAAAUUCGACGAUUUUGUCGAAAUGAUAUUGAAAAACAAACAAUAAAUGCGCAAAUUGAACUACAGCAAAUACUUGAUGCUGUACAAUAUAUGCGAACAAAAAGUCUUAUGUAUCAUGGAAAUGCAUCAGAAACAUUUGAAUUAUUUGCUGAUGAAUUUGAACAAUGUACUCAUCGAUUAUCAAAAAUUACUCUUACACCUGUACGUGAUCUUGAUAAUCUAUUAUCGUAUUUAACAGAAGUAUUUUCUUCGAUAUCUUCACAAUGUCCACCAGAAAAAUCACCAACACCAUUAGAAUCUAUACCAAAUCCAAUCACGAAAAUGACUCCUGCCAUUUCAUCGUCAACAGUAACAGUGGAUUCAGGCAAGAAUAGUGAUGACAGUUGUAACAAUACUAGUACUGCAGUGAAUGUUAAUAAUUUGAAUAAUUUCAAAUUUGGUCCAAGUAUUCUAUUGGCUCAUCCGUGUGAUAUGAUUGCAUCCAAUGGACGUACUAUACUUUCAUAUGUUAUCGAAAAGAAUUUUCUUAAUUACUCAACAGUAUCUGGUAUAAAUUUAUCAGGUGUUAAAGUUUACCGUAUACUAGCACCAGUAACAGCAAAUAAUGCUCGGCUUUGGGAUAUAACAUGGUGUCCUUGGAGUAAAUUCUAUCUCAUUGUGGGCAACUUAGGUCUUUAUUCACUUUGCUAUCCAUAUGAUACAAAUCCAUAUGCCAACGAACAUGUGCCACAAGUAAAUAAGCUAAUCAAUUUUCGUGGUUUAUCAUUCCAUCAUGUACGUAUCUCGCCGCAUUCCGAUGGUUGGUAUAUUUAUAUGAUUGAACAUCAAUGUGUUUCUAUUGAUUUAUAUGAUCGUCGAUCGGGCCAACGUUUACGUCAUUUUGAUAAUCAUAUUCAACAUGAUUUGAUUCCACUUGGCUUUCAUGGUUUUUGUUUAAAUAAAUGCACAUUUGCUAUCGUUAAAAAGACUGAAGUCCUAUCAACAAUAAAUAAUCCACAUCAAAUUGAAAAUGAACAAAAUAUUCAAAUCUAUUUUUUUGAUCUUGAAACAAUGUUGUGUAUACAACAAAUGUCAUUAUGCCACUGUUCAAAUGUUUAUGAUAUAAAAUGUUGUUAUGAAGAAAAUAUUUUUAUGAUACUUGCUGAACCUGUGCAACUUAUUCUUGUUAAUUUAGAUACAAACGAAUUAAUAACAAAGAAAUUAUUAGAUAAAGGAAAACAUCUAUGUAUUACUAAUGAUCAUCAAGUGUUUAUUUUACGUUCUGAAUGUUCAAUUCAGACACUUCAAUAUCGAAAUCUCAAACGAGAUUUGUGA